AUCAAGAACAAAAGCUUAGAUUAAAUUAUCGCAUUCCUGCUAAAGACUUAGACCAAGUAUAUAAUCCUCUAAGCGACGGCAAUUGUGGGUUUCGUGCACUUGCCAUUGCUAUUAGAGGAAACGAAGAAAAUUGGGAUCUCAUUAAAUUAGUGAUGAACGGCCAACUAAAUAAGCGCAUGGAAGUUUAUAGAGACUGGCUGGGCUAUGAUAUUGAUUUACUUAAGCAGAUAUUAGAGUCCAGAGAUUCACCUUGUCAAUCUUCACUCUGGUUUUUAUCACCUGAUUGUGCUCAAUUGGCUGCCAAUACUUUUUCGGUUCCUAUCGCUAUUUUCGAGGAAAGAGAUGAACAAA